AUGAUUAAAGCAACUGCUCAUUCCGGCACAGGAAUCUCGGCCUUCAUAGCGGCACUUCCACCCAACACCAAUGUCUACGAUGCCCUGAUCCCCUUCCUCUACAAGAAAGCUUCGGCGUGUAAUCCAAGGUGGAUGUCUUUUGUGUUGAUGGUAUUUCUCUUAGCACAUAUCACCUUGUUGUUGGUGUCGCUAUGUAUUGUGAAGACACAUAUACAGAGGGGAAGCUACUGGUUCAUAAAAAAGGCCAGAAGUGGUCUUCUCAAGCCUGAUCGAGUGCUGCUGGACUCGAUUGGAUGUGCUGUAUACGCCGGGCUCACCAUUGUGGACAUGUCUUGCCAAUUAUAUAUAGAUUUCAAUGAAAUUCCAAUCCGUGGCAAACUUCUUCUCGAAUGGUACCGGUUUCCGAUAAGUGGAUUUACAUUUUGGUGUGCCGUGUGGGGGAUCAUUUCCAACCGCGUUCGCGCGAUAUGGGAUCCUACGCAUAGGACAGAUCACACGGCUACUCAUUGUGGUAUGCCCAAGUGGGUAACAAACACACUGAAUGGAAGCUUUAUCUUCUUUGGCGUUUCAGUCCUUACAGGUUUACCAGCCCUAUAUAUUCCAGCUUAUCGCGCCCAUAAUCAAAUUCUGGAUAUUAUUGAUAAAGUAGCAGAUGGACUGAGAAUGGCGGCUUCUUCGUCGGAAGCUAUGAAUUUCUCAUGGGAUACACUGAACCCAAUCCUAGACCCUUUAGCAAAACUUCCACUUCUUUAUCAUCAACUGGCAAAAAAAUUCAAGCGAACCCACUACGCCCUUGGAACUCUCGAUUUCACACUGAUAAUUACGUAUGUCAUCUUUGUCUUCUUGGCUUAUAAACAUUCUCAAGCUUUUCAGCGAAGCGCAAGGUCCCUAGAGAUGGCCAUCGAUCCUGCGCGCCUUAUGAGAAAAACCUACCAACAAGAGAUGAAAUCUAUCGUCAUCGAAGCAGCUUUUCUCUUGGUAUGGUUAAGCUCUUAUGUCCCAGUGUUUAUCUGGGUGUUUCUUACAACCUCUGAUGCUGAGCUUUUGCUUUCAUCGACAUCGGUGAUUGUUCCUGAAUUGACGCUUGGAUUGGUAGCUUCUUUGGCUGCUAACAUUGCAAUGGGUUGCAGACUGGCCUCAAGUAAUCGGAUGCUAGCGUGUCAGGUUCUACCUACAAAGUCAACUUCGAUAUCAGACGAUGACGGGAUCAAGCUCAGUGACAGAAUGGACCAAGUGUAUACCAAAUCCAACGCUUCUCGUACCAGCUAUCUUACUCGAGUAAUUAAUGAAAAAACUCAUAGUUCAGCUGAGAAAACUUCUCUCGCUCCAAGUGAGGCUACUUAA